AUGGCUAGGAUCUCAACCAGUCAUUAUUCGAAAGCCAAAGCCGUGGCCGCUGGGGUCCGAAGGAAUGCGUCCAAGAGAGUGGACGAAGUUAGGACCGGCCAGAACAAGCUUGCCACCGAGCUCAGGUCAACGUUGGGGUCUCUGCACGCGGCUCUUGAGGAGGAAGACCACCUCGCCUCGGCUCUCAUGGAAGAGCAGGAAAGAACCAUGAAGGAGGCCGUCGACUCUCUCAGCGAGAAGUACGAAGAGGCUGCGAAGGUGCAAGCGCAGGUGAAGCUGCUGGGAGAUUGCAUGCGGCAGCAUUUUCAGGUGGUGCGCAGUCAUAUCGUCGACCAAGUCGGCAGCAAGCUCACAGAGACGGUAUCGACGUGA